AAUUUUACAAGGGUCAAAGGGUGAUGCAGGUCAAAAAGGAGAGCCGGGUAACGACGGCAGAGGCCUGCCGGGCAAGAUGGGACCAAGAGGUUUAGUUGGGCCAACAGGGGAAACUGGUGUCAAAGGUCAAAAGGGUGAGCCAGGGGAGGCACCAGACGACUCCAACCAGCGGGUAGCAUUCACCGUGGUGAGGACGAGCAGCUCGGAUGCCUCUACGAGUUUCGACACCCGUUUGCCCUUCCAGGCGACCGAGACGCUUCUGCCGGGUACCAGCUUCGAUCUCGAGACCGGCACGUUCACGUGUGGUGUGCCGGGCACCUACGUGUUCAUGUUUUCUGUGUGCAAAUCUCCUUCCAGCAGCUACCUGAACGUUCAGCUCCGGAAGAACGGCGUCGUGGUUGUCUCUGGCUAUAGCAGUGAUUCAGGUCGCUAUGAGCAGGUGUCUGGGAGCGCGGUGGUGGUUCUGCAGCGUGGAGAUACGAUGUAUCUCACAAUGUACGGUAGGGCGUAUAGUGAUUCCAAUCACCUCACCUCAUUCAGUGGCUUCCUCCUUUACCCCGAAUAA